AUCAGUCUAGCAUGGCGUCGCUGGGAGUUUACCUUUCAGAGUGUUGACAGUCGCUCACCUGUUUGUUUUCGGCGAUAUCGAAGCGGGGUUACACUGGACCCUUGGCUCUGUGUUCGAACUGGUCAGAGCUGAGACAUAUCAUCCAAUCUGAUCUAAGGAUACUAUCAGCUGUAUUGACCAAUCAGAUGUAAGGAUACUUACAGCAAUGUCAAUGCCUACUCUGCCAUAGUGGGAGGUGGGAUACACCAUGACAUACUUACAGUAUAGGUGAGAUGGAAGAUGAAUGCAAGUUUAUCUCCCGUUUCCAUGGAUACUGGAUUGUUACUGCUAGGCAUCAUGGGAUAUGUCACCAUGGCAACAGCCUGUCCAUCGCUAUGUCAGUGCAACUUGGACUACUUUGUGUACUGCCGAGGAAUCAGGCUGAGUGACGUCCAGCUGCGGACCGUCAUGACAGAGAUGCCAAACAGAGUCCGUCUCCUGGACUUAGGAUUCAACCAAAUCUCGGUGCUCCCUCCAGGAAUAUUCUCCAACCUGCCAAACCUUCGAACAUUGAACUUAGUGUCCAACAAGAUCAACAAUCUCCCAAAUGAGGCCUUUUUGAAUCUACCAAAUCUGGAUGAGAUAUUUCUCAAUAAUAAUGUCCUGCAUCAAGUCACGUCUUCACCAUGGAGAAACAUCCCUCAUUUGAAGAAGAUAGACGUUUCUGAUAAUUACAUUGACUAUCUGGACUCUGGAGCUUUCACAUCUCUCACAAAUUUGACAAGUUUAAGUUUACGAAGUAAUCAAAUUGGAGCGAUUGAAACAGGCACAUUCUCAGGUCUGACCUCUCUCAGAUCUUUGGAUGUUUCUAACAAUGUGAUUCAUCGUGUGGCAAAUAAUAGUUUUUCAAGUUUGGAACAUCUGCGGACGUUGGAUCUGUCAUACAAUAUGUUGACAGAAGUACAUGCUGCUAUGUUUGUGGGGUUAACUCGUCUGUCCAGUCUUGUAUUAGACUUCAACAAAAUCUCCGAUCUCACUCAAAUAUCAACAUCAGACUUCUAUCCAAGUUUGGUCAAACUGUAUGUGUCCAACAAUGAUCUCACCUCUGUUCCAGGAAAUGUAUUUGUGAAUUUCCGCAAGCUGCAAGAGUUGCUUUUGAAUAAAAACAAAAUUUCCUUGAUUCCCAGAGGAGCAUUUCUUGGUCUGGACAUGGAGAAGCUGUCACUCUCGGACAACAAAUUAACUCGAUUACAGCGGGACAUGUUCCAGCAGGUGCGAAGGAUCCGAUAUUUGGAUUUUAGUCAUAAUAAGAUAACUUCACUCAGUACUGGAGUUUUUGAUAGUUUUCGGGAAACUAUUCUCACGUUGCAGCUUCAAGAUAAUGAACUUCUGUACAUAGAUCCGGGUCAUUUUCGAGGGAUGGUCCACCUGCAAUGUUUGAAUCUCUCCAAAAAUUCCAUCAACAUCGUUAAGGAUGGUUCCUUCAGUGACCUUCGUGACCUUCAGGAUCUGGUGCUCUCUGACAAUGACCUUGAGACGGUCACGACUGGGAUGUUGGAGGGUGUCUCCCUUCAGAGUCUGUAUCUCAUUUGUAAUCCAUUGCAACACCUUGUUGGAUUCAGGUACGAUGAGCAAAACACGAACCCAAAAUAUAUUCAUAUGAAUUUGACAGUCGUUAGUGAAUCAGACACAUCUGUUAAGGUGAAGUGGCCAUAUUCAUCAGGUUCACAGAUCUACUGGACUUUGAAAAUUGUGUGUUUGAAUGAAGAGGUGUGUUCGGCACCACUGAAAGACCAAUACCUUGCUCCUUUCAAAACUGCCCACGUGGUUCAAGGUCUGUCGGCAAUCUCAGACUACUACGUGUGUGUAAACCCAGUGUUCGUGAACACAGAUGUGCAUAUUGAACAGUGUAUCCAUGUGCGGACUAGGAGGAACGCCAUCACAACCAGUGCUAGUGUUGUAGCGACACAACAAAUGUCCUCUGGAAGCCAGAUGGCGCCAUCGAAGGCGGCAUGGGUGAUAUUUACCAGCUUCCUGAUAUCCCUUGCAGUAUUAUGAAAGGAAGCCUACAGUCAUUGAUUGAGUCCAUGCAAUAUUGAAUAUAAUAAAUGAUUUUACAGAGUUAUGUCCCUUGAAUAUCAGAGGAUGUGAUGGUUGUUCUUUCAAAAUCAAAUAUUUGCCCUGAUUAGUUUGAUAUCCUUGGCAAAUGUCAUUUGUCAUUCAUCCAUUGACUACAAGCAAUAAUACUUCACACCUAGAUGACAUCUGACCAAAUGUAAUGAGAUACAGGUAAAAGUAACAUUGCACCCAUGACACUAACUCAUUCAUAGUCUGCGGACCAGACGUCAUGAUAUGGCUGAAAUAAUGCCGACAUUAAAUGUUAACUCACUCACUCACUCAUUGUGGACCAGAUUGCUCAGUGGUCUAAAUCAGCGAGUUACAGUACAGAGUUGUCUCCCUUUGAUAGACCUUCAUCCGCUGACCUUGGUUUAAACUUCCUCCUUGUACUGAUCACUAUGCCUGGUAUGUUCUUUAUUAAGACAUUGUACACCAACUGCAUCCUUUUCUGCAACUGCCCACACAGUGCCAACAGACAGUGGUAGUUCUAAGAGAUAGGGUCAUCAGACGAUCUAAACAUUCUGAAUUUUGAAAGUUUCAGUCCUCAGACAUAAAUCCCCAAACAAAAUCGUGACUAUCAGAAACAGAUAAUUUGACUUUCUCACCUCUCCAGGGUUGGCAAAACAGUGUCAGGAUCAAUAUUUGCAGGUGAAUAAGUAUUGUUUUUGUUUUCAGGUGAGAUUUACAGAUUUGAUAUCAUGUUCGUAAACAUUUGCUCAAAACUGAGAAGUAUUACUGGUUAUGUUAUCUGGAAUUUGGCUCAACAUUGACAAGGGAGAUCCCUUGAUUCUGUUAUAAUUAAUAUAGAUGAGUUCCCAUAUACAAACAAGUUGAGAACACUUCCUUUUCUUGCCAUCAAUCUAUAAUGACAGUGUGUAUGCAUAUUUUACGAGUGCUUCAAUUCCUUAUGUUUUCACAUUCCAUUGACAUGCGUUCAUGAAGCUAAACAUGUUACAGACAAUGUGCUUCAUAUAGAUUUUCAUGUUUUCAUAUUUCUUAAAUACGAACUUAUCGUAAGUCGAAAGUUCAUGAAUUCCGUUCGUAAAAUCUAUGCUAGUUUUUAGAGAAUCAAUGAAAAUAAUAGAUAUUUGAUUCUUAGAAGUGGGAAUUCUUGGACAGCAGAAAAUAGAAGAUUUUGAUAAGAUAACAUCUCAGCAAAUACGUAGAGAUGGAGUGCCACUUUGUUGGGUCUGGUAAUAGCUAUAAGAUCUACUGCAAGUCAUGUCAAGGGCCCUGUGUUUUACCCUGACAAAAAUAUCAGUCAUUGGGUAUACAUGUCUCCGAUUCCAAAUCUGAUUUUCAGAUUAAAUACAAUUCUCAGCUGAACCCAAAAGAGAUAUUGUUUUCCUAUUUUUUCAUUGAAUCAAGUCCGCUUUAGUAUUUCAUUACUGAUUACCAAACAAUCAUGUAUAAAUUAUUGAUUUCAUGCACUGUGAAAUAUGUAAAUAAUCAGAAUGUUUUAAUAUAUACUUUAGUGCUACAUAACUUAUUGAAAUGUUACGAGAUGUUGACAUGUCAGUUUCAUGUUGUUUUCAUUAGACAUGUUUUGUACAGUUUGACGGACCUAGAUAGUGUACAUAUGAUGGAAGGGACGAGACUGUGUGAUGUAUGGAUGGAUGGAUCCAAGGGGUAUCAAGCCUCUGGAAAUGUUGUUUUUAUUGUCAUUCUUGAAGCAGCCAUACCCUUUCUUCACAAAAAUACUGUUUAAAUGGUUUUGACAGGAAUAUUAAUAAUUCUAAGAAAAAUGCAAAAGACGAUAUCUUGCCUGAUAUGUAAUCAGUAUGGAUUCACAAGGGCACUGUAUGUAAUCAUAGUUUAAGUUAAAAAAAAACAAAUAUUUUUUUGUUCUAUUUUUCACAUUACUGUUUCAUGAUGGGCGGGUUGUUCUAUGAUAUAAUGCUGAACCGUAGCAGGAAUGGUUGGCAUGUUUCGAGCAAGUGUGAAAAUGUCUGUUUUUACCAAGAUCUGAAAAAAUAAAAAUUGUUAUAAAAUA